UGCCGUCUGAUAGUUGCUCAGAUGAGCCACACCAGGUGUGAGAUCUUCAACUGUCUAUUAAUUCCUACCUCAGUGGUUGUUGGUAUUGCGGUUGUCACCAGGCUACAAACGUUAGAACUGUUUUUAACGUAUGCGCUGUGUGUAGUUGCAACAUUAACGCAUCUGCAUUACGGAACAUCAGUGGUAAGACAAAUGUGUAAGCACUUCAAAGUAAAUUGCUUCACACUAAAGGAUCGCACGGAUUGACUCCUUGCCGACAACGCAUGAGAAUGUGUUGUCUCUCGGAGCCACCCUCAGGAGGUGUUAUUAUUUAUGAUCCAUACCACUUGUUGUAUAUAUUUUGUAUAAUUUGGACUUACUAGUGUAACUUUUUGUUGUUGUGUGCUGAGGGUGCGUACAGAGAUCUGCCUAGUUAUUUUUAUGCUAUGAUUUUUGUAAUGAAUUCUAAAAGAGCCUUUUUAUUCCUCUAUUUUGUGCCAG